AGCUUUCAGUCCGCGCUCGUGCGGCACGGUGAUCGGAUGUGCGUUCCUUCACGAAUUGUGAAUACACGCGGAGUAUUUAAAACAUUGCCGUUCGUAUGGACGUAAAUUUACUUUUCAUGGGAAAAUGGACACCGUUGCAACGAGUGUAUUACUCGAGCGAAAAUAAUAAAAAUAAACUUCAGACCGAUUACAACUUUACGCUCAAAUUACAAUUUAAUUAAUAUUGAUGCCCCGAAGUGGAUGUGUUUGUGGUGUAUUAUAAGUAUCUAUAACGUUUAGAUUUUUAUUCGCUUCUUAUACAUAUUUUGUUUAAGCCCUUUUAACUUUUAAUUAAAAAUACCUAUUGGUCCAAUCGUGAGACUUAUUUUAAAACUCAUUUAUAACCCUUAAUAUCAAUGUAAAUAAAACUUCAUAUCAGUCUACUAUCCUUUAUAAAUAUUUAAUUGUAUACUAUUGAGAAAUUUAUCCGGUACGAGGACCAAGUUUGGAUUGUACUGUAAAAUAGUAGUUUUAAUAGUGAAACGUACAUUAUAAUAUUAAUAGUGAUGUGUACAUAUAGUUAAUAUCUAUCCGAAAUAUUAUAACAACGAAUACAACGAAGAAAUUUUGAUAUCGACACAUAAUAGACUAUAAACAAGAUGUCCGUGCCAACAACAGAUAGUACUGAAGCCAUUACAAAUUCCGGCUACGGAAGCAGUGAUGAAACAGCUAGCCUCUUGGUUUCUGGGCCUUCUGUCACUGUCAUUGUUCCUACUGAGAAUAGAACCGUUAAGCCGGUACUUCAAAGGCAAGAUUGUACCACCCAUUUACGACCUCAAUUGUCAGGUGGUCCCGGCAGCGAAGAAAGUGCUGCAUCAAUUAGAAUAGAGGACGGUACUACGAGAAGCGUGCCAGAUAUAGAAUUGCAAUGUCGAGAACCAGCAGACCGUCCUCAAACUCUCGUUUCGCCAAUGGCAACUUGCUCACAUAGGGGUUCAGUGACUGCAUGUCAGUUAGUUCCGCACGCUUACGCUAGAUGUCGUGUUUGCGAAAGAAGGCAGUCAACGGCGCCGAUGUCGGCACUACAACUAGCGCGAUCUGUGUCUAGAGAGAGUGUUCGCUCAGCUGUUCACUACCCUUGUGGAUGUAGUUCGUUACAUGCUGUCAGUACAUGCCCUGUUAUUCAACCUCCGGCUUUAUUGCUACCGGCCACAAAUACGAGAAUUAUACGACAAAGCUCGCAGCCGGAGUCGAGCGCAUGCGCGACUCACUGCGCCCACCACACACAUCACCACCCCAGCGCCUCACUGCGACAACUACGAGAACCCGGCGAUGGAAUCGCUGGGAUCGCGGCCGAUUCUUUACGAAUCAACGGCGGAAUGCGACCCUUCAAACAGGGGCUGCUCCUCUGUCCACAAACCCUGUCGCAGACUCGCCGGGCCCGACUAAGGCGCGCUUUCACUGAAGCCACAGGAGACACGGUCAACUACGUUCGAACGGCCUGUACGGGAUCUCGGAACCAGGUGAUGCAGCUGCGGAAACCGGUGUCGACGCUCUCAAUCCCCGGCGCUAUGAAGGCGUAUUCCGGGAGGGACGCGGCGGCUGAGGAGGCCGGAGUUGCGCUAGUCGGCGUUCACAGCGAGUACCCGCGUUACGGCGAAGAGAGGGCGCUCGGCGGUGGCACAUAUAAGGGAGGAGGGACAGCCAAGCACAAACCUAACAUAGGAUAUAGAUUAGGUAGAAGAAAGGCGUUAUUUGAAAAAAGAAAACGAAUAAGUGACUACGCGCUAGUUAUGGGGAUGUUUGGUAUAAUUAUCAUGGUAAUAGAAAAUGAAUUAUCUAGUGCCGGAGUAUACACAAAGGCAUCAAUAUAUUCGCAAGCGUUGAAGACGCUAAUAUCAAUGUCAACUGUGAUCUUACUCGGCCUAAUCGUGGCUUAUCACGCUUUAGAAGUACAGUUAUUUAUGAUAGACAACUGCGCCGAUGACUGGCGGAUAGCUAUGACGUGGCAACGGAUUGCACAGAUCGCCCUCGAGCUAGCUAUAUGCGCAGUUCAUCCCAUCCCAGGACAGUACACCUUCACUUGGACCACAAAAUUGGCAAAUAAAGGAGGAGUAAUAGGUGUUGAAGUAGACACAAUAUAUAAGCAAAUUCAGGUUCCGUAUGACGUAACUCUAUCCCUUCCAAUGUUCUUUCGUCUGUAUCUAAUAUGCAGGGUUAUGCUGCUACAUAGCAAGCUAUUUACAGAUGCUUCGUCUAGAAGUAUAGGAGCUUUGAACAGAAUUAAUUUUAAUACUAGAUUCGUAUUAAAAACUCUCAUGACUAUAUGUCCUGGAACCGUUUUACUUGUUUUUAUGGUAUCGCUUUGGAUAAUCGCGAGCUGGACUUUAAGGCAAUGUGAAAGGUUUCACGAUGAAGAACAUGCUAACCUACUCAAUGCGAUGUGGCUUAUUGCGAUUACAUUUCUCUCCGUCGGUUUUGGUGACAUUGUGCCAAACACAUAUUGCGGCAGAGGUAUCGCCGUAAGCACCGGCAUUAUGGGAGCUGGAUGCACUGCGUUAUUAGUCGCGGUUGUUUCAAGAAAAUUAGAGUUAACUAGAGCUGAGAAGCACGUUCAUAACUUCAUGAUGGAUACACAACUUACUAAAAGACUGAAAAAUGCAGCAGCCAAUGUUCUAAGAGAAACUUGGUUAAUAUACAAACAUACGAGACUCGUGAAAAGAGUUCACCCGGGUCGUGUGAGAACACAUCAAAGAAAAUUCUUGUUAGCAAUUUAUGCAUUACGAAAGGUUAAAAUGGAUCAGAGAAAAUUAAUGGAUAACGCCAACACGAUAACAGACAUGGCAAAGGACCCCUUUCUUUUGCAGACUCAAAAUACGGUGUACGAGAUUGUAUCGGAUAUGAGUACAAGGCAAGACACUAUCGAAGAGAGAUUAACUAGCUUAGAAGAAAAACUGACUACGUUACAAGAGCAAGUGAACAAUUUACCAGACGUCAUGGCGCGGUGUCUACAGCAAUGCUGGGAGCGAGCUGAACAGAGAAGGAACUUUCUUCACCCUGAUACCGCUGCCGUCCCUACUCCACCUGCAUCUUCUAUAUCUCCUUAUUCCAGAACAUUAGCAACUUCAACGCAUCCAUGGCCGCAGAGUCCUGUUUUGCAACCGGCAGCGCGGACACACUCUGCCCCCGAGAGUGCAACAUCUCCCUCUACUGCCCCACAAACUUCAAGCCCAGCUCCACAUUCCUCACGGCCGCCUCUACCCAGCUGAGUACCGCCUUCCAACUCCGAACUCCUGUGCUGAACUCGACGAAACUCGGCGCCCGUCCUCUGAUCCCCUUACCACAACUACGCCCCAAUGUGGCCAUCGGGGAAAUUGUUUCACGAUAAAUUUUGACUUUUACACAACAUGCACCCACUACUUAAAUAUUUUAAUUUAGUUUUAUCAGUCUUAUAUAUCACACUUUUAAAAAUUUUAAUGAUGGUGUUCAAGUAUCAAGGAUGGUGUGUCAGUGAAAUAAUUAUCCCGGUUUGCCGACGGACCAUGCCGCGGAGCGAGACAAGGUCAGCCGUAGUUUUUUUCGCUGUUCCCCAAAGUUUCGGAUGUGUCAGACUGUUUUAGUGAUAUCGUUUAGGUAGUGAAUGAAAUUAGGCGGAAAGGACAUGCUGUUGUGAUUAUACAAAAUGCUUUAUUGAUAGACGCUUUAGCCAAUAUGUUAGAUGAUAUUUUGAAUACAUUAUCAGCUUUUGUAUUAUUAUUACUUAGAUUGGCGUUAUCUACACCUCCGUUUAGGAUUAUGUAAUGUUCGAGGAACCAACAGUGUUUUAAUGAAGAAACGUUUAUACUGAACUUUAUUGUAAAUAGCACUAUGGUUAUAAUAAUCAUGCACGAAUGAAUCUAUAAACACGUCAAUAUAAAAAAACGUUUUCUAGAUUCAUUGGUGUAUAUACACAAAAUAAAUAAUAAUUUAUAACAAUGUAAUGAUAACAUUUAGAAAAUAGCCAUAACAGACAGAGUUGAUAUUAACAAGAGUGAAUACGCAUAAUUAAAUAAUGUGCAACUAGUUAUAUCAAUAGUUAGAAGACAAUAUAUUAUAGACUUACAUUUAAAACUAUAUCAUAAUAAAUAUCUGCAUUAAUCCAUUUCGUGUCUCGUUACUUUGAGACUCGGAUAUAGUUUGAGGCUGUCACAGAUUCAAUAACACUGUAUACACACUUUUUAGGUUAUAGAUAAAUUGAAUUGUUACUACCUGCCUAUUGACAUGUAGAUUAAAAAAACAUUUUUAUAAGAUUUAGAUUAAGUAAAGCUUUGUAAUAAGACAUUAAGAUUGAUGGCUGUCUAAAUAGUGCCUAAAACACUACGAAAAUUUCGAUUAUUCAGUUUUAUUAUCUUAACAAUGUAUGAAUAUGUAAAUAGAUAACUAAGAUUUGAGAGUAAUUUUAAUAUUUAAUAUCUGAUUUUGUAGCUUGUAUGAGUACGAGUGAUGGGAUCAAUUUCUUUAUAAAUUUCAGUUCCAUAAUGGACCCAACAAUAACAUCAUGUAUUUUACAUCUAUAUUAUAAUGGUGUUAUUUAUAAAUAAUAACCAUAAACAGACCAAUAACAUUUUUGGCAAUCCAUUUAUAUUUAAUAAUAACAUCCGAAAUAUUUGUAUGCGUUAAAUUUCGUAUGCUUCUUAAAUAUAUGAUAGGUUAUAAACAUCAUUUUAAAUGUUUAAAUACGAAAGAUAACGUAUUCACUGGAAUAAAUCACCCUGAAAUAAAAAUAUAUAAUUAAGGCCUAACUUCAAAUGUAUAAUUCACAUUUUGAAAUAAAAUACUUCUGGUGAAAAUAUUUCAAAGGUACUAAGUUUUUACAAUACAAAUAAUUUCAAAUAAAUACAAGACAAAUUUUUAUUCUAUGUUGAUAGAGAUUUUAUUGUACACAAUAUAUUGACUAAAUUAAUUCUAAAUGUAUUAUAUUAUUUUUCACUUCAGAUAUUAAAAGUAAAUAUCAAUAUUACUCAUGUGAAAGAGAUAGAUUAUUUAAAUUAUUGUGUAUAAUAGAGUCGGCCCUAAAUUUUAAUUUAAAGGAAAUUUCUUAGUUACUUUAUAAUGAGAUUAUCAAUUACUUUCAUGGUUCCAUAUCUUAUUCACUAUUAGGUCUAACGCUUGAGUUUUCGAAGUUUAUUGCUAUAAUUUUAGAUUAAAAAUUCCUGUUAGAGGAUCGAUUUGAAACACCAACUAGUAUAUUUAGAUAUAAUAUAGUACUUUAGAUGUAGAUAUUGUUGAAUUUACUUACAUUUUUAUUCUAAUGUUACGAAUAUAUUUCGUCUAUUGAAUCGUAUUAAUAUAUUUUUAAGUAUUAUUAUUAUUUAUGUGCAAUUAAAUCAUAACAUAAUAAUACCUAUAGCAUCUGUCAAUUCUUCUUCUGCAAAACAGUGUAUAGUUGUGUUCUGGUACGUAGGAUGUUAUUGCAAUUAUGCACACUAGAAUUAUUAAAAUUACAAUCUAUGUUUGGCAUCAAAAUAACAAUAUAGAUCAUCAGGGAUGUUUGAAUGCCAAUGCCAAAUUAUAUAGAUGUGCUUGAUGUAAUAUUAAUAUAAUUCAUUAAUUAUUUUAAAAUCAUAAAUUAAAUGAAACAUUAUUGUACACCAAAACAAAUUUUGAUUUAAAUAUUGUAAUGGUUUCUUUACUAUUCUGUUAUGGAUAUAACGUGUUGCUAGUCAUUUACUUGAAAUAUUUCCAUAAUAAAGAAUCACAAAUAAAUAAUUUAUUUAUUAUACAUUUAUCAGUAUUUCAUUGUUUUUAGUGAUAAUAAAUUUACUGUUGUAACCUUUAGUCAAUUUAAUUUAAAUUAGAUUUUAGUUGUGUUACUAGUGAAACUUGAACCAUUGAAUUAUAAGUACAUUUAUUUGUAAGAUGAAUUGACCAAAAGUUGUUUAAGAUUGACUAACAUAGAAGUUGUAAAUAAAAAUUAAUAAGACGAUGUAAAAAUUUAAAAAUGUAUAAAGUUGUAUUUGCGAAUUUUAAUGUAAAUAAAUACAUGAACGAAAAUACGUUUCCAGUAAAUUAUUUUUAAACGACUAGGUUCGUAUAAAUUGAAAUUUUAGUUUUAUGCGAAUUGUAUAUUCUAUGCGGUGCGUAAACAGUUGAAAUGAAACUUUUGUGAUCAUUGUUAAUGAAAUGAAAGUGUAACUUCGAUUAUAUGAGCUGUAGUAUUUUCUAAAA